ACAGGGGGAGUAGUCACAGCUGGAAGGAUAAUAAGAUGCGCAUGAAUUUACUACAGUAUCUGAAAAACGAUAAGAGAAAAAUAAAUGGACGCUUUCAUUGGUCAUAGCAAGCCUUUACACGAAUUUUUGAUUUUGUGUUUGUUUUAUUUAAGUUGGGCUCUCCUCGACGAAUUUUAGCCAAGUGCAAGUUAAGACUUGAGACGCCGCUUUCCGCAGUUGAUGGAGAUUCAAAGUUUGUUCGGUCCACUCGCAUUGGAAAGAAAUGCGUCCUUCGCUGACUGUGAAGGCUUCCUGUGGUCAGAGUGGAUCAGUGAUUUCACUAAAGCCAAGGAGCACCACUUCACGAUAUGACAUUUGUUCCAGUAAUAUUCCAGAGACUUCUUCCAAGUUGUUUUGCCAUCUUGUGAAUGAGUGUGUGAGCUCAGGUGGAAUCAACGGCGUGCCCCCUGAUUUGCAAAUCUAAGGUGACACAGUGGAAAACCAUACUGUACAAUGCUGACUCACUAAACUCAUGAGUACCAAAAGUAUUCCCCGGCAUAAAUCCUGUCACUGAACUCUCCAGUAUUCAGCGUUACACGUCGCUUUUGGAAAAAAGCCAAUGUCUGCCUCUUCUCCCCCAUCCUUACCUCGAGCCUUCCUCCACUCUCUCCAUCCGCACCACCCGACCUUGCCACCCGUUUUGUCCCCAUCCUCGGCUGGACCGCUUUACGCGCGGCUGUCCAACGGAAACCACAGUGUCCCCAGCCCCACCAACUCCCGAAGCUCUUUCCAUGGGGUGUCUUUCCUGCUGCAAAUUGGGUUGACCAGAGAGACAGUGAACCUGGAGGGCAAUGACCUAACACUGUCAGCCGUCAAGGACCUGGUGUGCUCUAUAGUGGACCAAAAGUUCCCAGAGUGCGGCUUCUUUGGCAUGUAUGACAAGAUCUUGCUAUUCCGCCAUGACCUAAAUGAUGAAAACAUCCUGCAGAGGCUGACCUCAACUGAAGACAUCCACGAGGGAGACCUAAUUGAGGUGGUUCUCUCCGCCCAAGCCACAGUUGAAGACUUCCAGAUUCGACCUCAUGCCCUUUAUGUCCACUCCUACAAAGCCCCCACUUUCUGUGACUACUGCGGGGAGAUGUUAUGGGGUCUUGUUCGGCAGGGGCUUAAAUGUGAAGGGUGUGGGCUAAACUACCACAAGCGCUGUGCCUUUAAGAUUCCAAAUAACUGUACUGGUGUGAGGAAGAGGCGAUUGUCCAAUGUCUCGCUGCCAGGACCGUCCCUCUCUGUACCUCGACCGGUACCUGCAGAGAAUGCAGCGGUUAUCUUGGAUGAGCAGCAGCAGCAGAGGUCCCAUCAAGAAGCGGGGAAGCGAAUCCUGUCCUGGAGUGGCAGGCCUAUCUGGAUGGAGAAGAUGGUGCUCGGUCGGGUUAAGGUUCCUCACACCUUUGCCAUUCACACCUACACUCGACCCACUAUCUGCCAGUACUGCAAGCGCCUGCUCAAGGGAAUCUUUCGUCAGGGAAUGCAGUGUAAAGAUUGCAGAUUUAACUGCCAUAAGCGGUGUGCUUCAAAGGUACCAAGAGACUGUUUGGGUGAGGUGGAUUUCAACGGAGAGCCAGCGAGCCCUGGCCCGGAGUCAGACACGCCUCUGGAUACAAUGGAAGUAGACAGCAGUGACAUGGAAGGCAGCAGAGGGCUGGAUGACCCUGAGGAACUCUCUACUCCGGAGGAGAGGUUGUUCGACAUGGACUCCUCCUUCUUGGACCGAGAGAAAGAUGAGGAGCCCAUUAAGACCAUUAGCCCCUCCACAAGCACCAACAUCCCACUGAUGCGGGUGGUCCAGUCCAUCAAGCACACUAAGAGGCGGAGUUCCACUGUGGUGAAGGAGGGCUGGAUGGUUCAUUUUACCAGCAGAGACAACUUGAGGAAGAGACAUUACUGGCGGCUGGACAGCAAAAGUCUGAGUCUCUUUCAGAACGACACAGGAGCCAAGUUCUAUAAAGAGAUCCCCCUGUCUGAGAUUCUCCAGGUGGAGCAGUGCAGAGAUUACAAUAAUCUGGCCCAGGGAAGCAACCCACACUGCUUUGAGAUUAUCACAGCGACCAUGGUCUACUAUGUUGGGGAGAACAAUAGCAAUCACUACCAUAGCCCUGUUCUGGCUGCCUCAGGAGUUGGCGUGGAGGUGGCUCAAGGCUGGGAGAAGGCCAUCAGACAGGCCCUGAUGCCGGUCACACCUCAGCCUAGUGUGGCAAGCGCUGCAGGCCCGGGCAAAGAUCAUCGAGAGCUGUCCAUCAGCAUAUCUGUGUCCAACUGCCAAAUUCAAGAGAAUGUGGAUAUUGCCUCCGUGUACCAAAUAUUCUCAGAUGAAGUGCUGGGAUCAGGACAGUUUGGAAUUGUGUAUGGAGGUAAACACAGAAAGAGUGGCAGAGAUGUGGCCAUAAAGGUUAUUGACAAGAUGAGAUUUCCUACCAAGCAAGAGAGCCAGCUGAGAAAUGAGGUGGCCAUAUUGCAGAAUCUGCAUCAUCCCGGCAUUGUCAACCUGGAAUGCAUGUUUGAGACACCGGAGCGGGUCUUUGUUGUGAUGGAGAAGCUGCAUGGCGACAUGCUGGAAAUGAUCCUGUCUAGUGAGAAGAGCAAGUUGCCUGAACGAAUCACCAAGUUUUUAGUUACACAGAUUCUGGUGGCCUUGCGACAUCUGCACUUCAAAAACAUAGUUCACUGUGACCUGAAGCCCGAGAAUGUGCUGUUGGCCUCUGCCGAACCCUUUCCUCAGGUCAAGCUGUGUGACUUUGGAUUCGCCCGCAUCAUUGGUGAGAAGUCUUUCCGCCGAUCGGUGGUGGGCACUCCAGCUUACCUGGCUCCAGAAGUCCUACGUAGUAAAGGCUACAAUCGCUCGUUAGACAUGUGGUCUGUGGGAGUUAUUGUGUACGUCAGUUUGAGCGGGACGUUCCCUUUCAAUGAGGACGAGGACAUCAACGACCAGAUUCAGAAUGCUGCCUUCAUGUACCCCCCUACGCCCUGGAAGGACAUCUCAGCAGAAGCCACAGAUCUGAUCAAUAAUCUUCUCCAAGUGAAGAUGAGGAAGAGGUAUAGCGUCGACAAGUGUCUCAGCCAUCCUUGGUUGCAGGACUAUCACACAUGGUUGGACCUCAGGGACUUUGAGACGCGGCAAGGCGAACGCUACAUCACCCACGAGAGCGACGACGCACGCUGGGAGGAGUACGCAGACGAGCACAGUCUUGCUUACCCCAAACACUUCAUCAUGGCACCCAACCUGGAUGACAUGGACGAGGAUCCCUAGUGGCGCAGAGGACUUCAGGAAGAUCAGAUGGGACUUUAUGCGUCAAACUAUGGGAAUUGUGAGGAUAAACUGUUUGCUGUGGAAACAGAGAAAAACUCGGGAUGUGUGGGGGAACCCAAGUUUGUAGCAUGCCGCACUGCUACAAAUCGUAAACUGAGGAUGGGCGGAUGGGCUGAAAAACACAGAAACUGAGGAAGGCAAGCUUUCUACUUUGUGCGGCAUCCCAACACAUUCCAUGGAUGUAAGGACAAUCGUACCAAGAUAAACUUGAUUGUUUCA